CUGACUUCUGAUGUUGUGCUCUUUCCAUCAUAUUUGCAGCAUGCCACUCCCUAGCCCACUGCCUCCCUGCCUGCCACCCCACCCUGCCCAACACUCACGCACCCCACCUUCAAUGUCACCAUUUAUCUCCAGGGUGCAUUAGAAAUUUUUUUGAACCCAAAGUUUCUUUGCGUUUACUUUGCUAGAAAUCAUGAAUAUAUGCCGCAUGCAGUAGUUUUUUUUGCGGGGAUGUAUAUUCUGAAAUCUCCCCCAGAAAGGGUUGUGAUCUGGGCCCCAGGAAGAAACAAAGCUUAAUCCAUUUUUCUUGGGGAAUGUCCACUUAUAUAACCAGGGAGCUAAGUGGAGACUGUCGACCGCCAGCAGAGGAAGACACGAAUUCUUCCAACCCCGUAUCAACCUGCGGAGGGCUUCUCGUAACUUUCCAGCCACAGUUUGUAGAAUCUCUCUUUUGACAUCCCCAAAGUCCCUUCCAGGUCUCAGAGCAGUCACAGUCUGUAGGGCAUACUUAACUAUUCCUUACUUGGCAUCUUCUCGCUAUAAUGCUGCUAAAGCGUUGUGUAUAAUUUCAAUUAUCUGUCAACUGGUUUGGAUUUUAAAUGCAUCAGGGGAUCUUGCUCUUUAUAGGGGCUACUUGAUCAAAGUUAAAAAGAAAUUAUUUGAUGCAGUGAAUAAUCGGGUGCUAAUGUCUCUUUGACAAUUAACCAACUGUUCGACUGUUUACAGGGUGUUAAUGCAGGGCACGAAUUUAUCUUUCGGGUCAUACUGUUUGUUUAUACAUUUGUUUAUAUGUUUAUAUAUUUAGAGUGCUCAAAAUGGAGCCACCUUCUGCCCUUCAGACUCCUUCCUUUUAGGGCAACACGAUGGCCCCAGCACACUCACACACACUAUCACAUGAGGGCAGUGCCACUUUAGGAAACUGACAAAAACAGACCCUCUCAUUACCAAAGGAUUCCCUACUGGAUUCCGUUAAAUAGUUAGUUGCACAAAAGUGCCUCUCUUGUACAACGUGAGGUUCUCCUAUACCUGGAAGCAGGGGAGAGGGGAAAAGGUAUUUGCGGUUCCUGAAGCUCAGGCAGUGUGAGAGCCGUGGGGAAAUUAGCUCUGAGAAGGUUAAUUCUUCCCGGGAGGGUAAAGCUUUAAUGACAAGCCAUCUUUAAUGGGAUUAUCGUGAGAGCUCAUAUCUACAAAUAAGAUCAGGCUGAGGCCAAAGCCAGCUGCCUCCUCGGUGGAGGGCAGGCAAAGAGGCAACAAGGAGAGAAAAGGAAGUUUUCCAGAAAAUAUAAAGGGAAUAUAAAUGUCUCCACGUUGAAAUGUUACACUUCAAAUUCUCUGAGAUUCUCAGUUGCAUUAGAUUCUCUGGGGGCCAUGAUGACGACCCACUACAGUCCAAAUGAGUGCUGAGGCUAGAGCAGCAAGCUCUGUGAGAGCAUUCCCACAGAGCUCUGGUUCAGGAGUUUUCAGUCGGGCAGUCAUCACUGACGUUUGUUCAGUACCCGCUGGUUACCUAGCUGCGGGCUCCACACUGUGGAGAGCCAUCAAGGAGUUAGAAAAUAUGGACCCUGCCCCCGGGUGCUCAGAAUGUCAUUCUGGAGGUCAAAUGGGUACAUAUGUUCACACACAAGGGAAAGAGAUUUAAGAACAUUUAUUAAUCCAUUCAGGUUUAUUUUCCUAAGCCUUACUCUGUGAGUCCUUGUCAGUUAGAAAUCUCUGAUUAUAAGCACCUCCAGUGUCUUGGGAACACAGACUCUACCACAUCGUCGUGCUCCAUAAACCACCUCUGCUAAACCGCCUAGUGUGAGAAGCAUCAUUGUCCAGGGUACCAGGAAGCGUGGUUCUGAGACUGUCAGCUCUAUCAUGACCUUGCUGAGUGAUUUCGGCUAGAUCCUGUCCCCUCUCUGGGCCUCACAUGGAGAAGUGAAUCUUCAAGGUCCCUGUCAGCGCUGAUAUGGCGCGUGACAUAAAGCUGUACAUUUGAACAAACUAGAGAGCAAUUCAAGAGUGCUUAUAAUCAAGAGCUAGAUAGCACCGGGCAGACUGAAUGCUGAGAGUAUAGCCUUGUCACACUGUAUCACUUUUACUGAUUCUGAACAAUCCAGUUUUCUGACCCUCCCCCCCGGCCAUGGCAGCCCUUUUAGCUGAGUGUCCUCUAAAUGGCCUUUGAGGAAUCAGGCAGGGAGGGGGCAGCACAGAGCCCCUGGCCUCUAUCAUUUGACACAUCCAACCCCAACAGGUGCACAGGCCCCGCCACUCUUCAGAUUUGGACAGCGGAGAGAAGGGACGGUGGCCUCAGACCCACAAAGAGCAAAGAUCCAACCCUCCAGCCCGUGGCUGGGAGGCAUUGGAAAUACCAUUUGGUGAAGUCUGGGUUUUUCUUUUUUGUUGUUGUUGUUUUUUGUUUGUUUGUUUGUUUAAUCUUCUUAGAACCACUCGGAGAAGAUUACAGUUUCAGAUCUCAAGUAAUGGCUGCAAUCAGUCAAUCAACAAAUAUGUGCUGAGCAUUUACUACGUGCCCAGAUUUCUGCCUAGGGUAUGGGGUUGGUGGGGGGAAGAUGAAGGAAGUAUCAGUUGCCGUGCCAGCCCUCAGGUGGUCUGUCCAACCUGCUUAAGGCAGGAGGAGGUUCCAUUGUGGGCAACAGUCAGAGAAGCAGCAAGUAACGCCCCCAUCUCUUGUUUCUGUUGGGAAGGCAGUCUAAGUUUUGAGGAGGGGUCCAGCAGCUGGCCUCUCCUCCUGAUGUCUGUCCCAGGCUAUUUAUAGACACAACUUAGGAUGGUGAGGUUGAGCAGCUGAAAGUGUACAGGGUGUUAGGACAAAGCUGGCUUAGACUGAGAAUUUGCCAUCACGGACACAAGUGUCUAAAACUACUCCAUCCUCCAGUGUUGAGCUCAGCUCUGCCCUGACAGGCCAGACAAAGUUAAGUGGGAAGCCAAGGCCCCAGGACAGAGUAAUGACAUGAGCAGUCCUAGGGGAAGAGCCCAAAUGCCUGAAGCCGAGAAUAAAACUUGCACCUCUAUGGAAAGAAUAUUGGGUCAAAAUGGGUCAUAGAAAGGAUAUUUCCUGCAAAAGAACAGAGAGAAAGAAAUCUGCCUCUUGUAACAACAGGAUGAUCAGGAUGAAGUGAACCAGAACUACUUAGCAGAUGAAGAGGAAGAAGCAGAAGAAGAGGCUCGGGUGAUGGUGGUACCUGAUUUGGAGGAGGAGGAGGAGGAGGAAGAAGAGGAGGAGAAAGAAGAAGAGGAAAAGGAGGAGGAAGAGAGUCAGACUCAGGAAACAGGCAGUGCCUGGUGGCGGAAAUGGCAGAUCGUGAACGAAUACCUGUGGGAUCCGGAGAAAAGGAUGUCUCUGGCCCGAACAGGUCAGAGUUGGAGCCUGAUCUUAGUCAUUUACUUCUUCUUCUAUGCUUCCCUGGCCGCUGUGAUCACCCUCUGCAUGUACACGCUAUUUCUGACCAUCAGUCCUUACAUGCCGACCUUCACUGAGAGGGUGAAGCCUCCUGGAGUUAUGAUCAGACCCUUCGCCCAUAGCCUUAACUUCAACUUCAACGUUUCUGAACCUGACACUUGGCAGCAUUAUGUGAUUAGUCUAAAUGGCUUUCUCCAGGGUUAUAAUGACAGUCUUCAAGAGGAAAUGAAUGUAGAUUGCCCCCCGGGCCAAUACUUCAUCCAAGAUGGUAAUGAGGAUGAGGACAAGAAGGCCUGCCAAUUUAAGCGCUCCUUCCUGAAGAACUGCUCUGGCCUGGAGGACCCUACUUUUGGCUACUCUACUGGACAGCCCUGCAUCCUUCUAAAGAUGAACCGGAUUGUUGGCUUUCGUCCUGAGCCUGGAGACCCUGUGAAGGUUUCCUGCAAAGUUCAGAGAGGUGAUGAAAACGACAUCCGAUCCAUCAAUUACUACCCAGAGUCGGCUUCUUUUGACCUCCGUUACUACCCUUACUAUGGCAAACUGACUCACGUUAACUACACCUCCCCGCUGGUGGCAAUGCACUUUACAGAUGUAGUGAAGAACCAAGCGGUGCCUGUGCAGUGCCAACUGAAGGGCAAAGGCAUCAUAAAUGAUGUCAUCAAUGAUCGUUUUGUGGGUAGGGUAAUCUUUACUCUGAACAUAGAAACCUAAGAACUUCAGGGGGCCACUCCCACCAGUUCUGUUUCUGUUUUAUUUCAUGUUACCCUGGUAGCACCUGAAUUCUUUUUCUUCAGUUGAGACACAGCCAAGUGGACACCUGAGACAGCAGAUCAUCUUUCCUUGCCUUUGACAUAUGUUCGAAAUGGCAUUGUGGGAGCUAUUUGAUGUUUAAAGGUAGUCUCUCCUGAUGACAAAUAGCUUAUAUUAAUUUCAUUUUCUCCCACUUAAAACUAAAACCCAUUCUUGCUGCUAGAAGUCUCAUUGUAGUGUAACAUAGUAUCUGAUAAAAUUCACAAUAGCCAUGAAGGAGAAUUUCCAUAAUGAUUAUAAAUUCAUCAUGUUUUCUAAAAAUUUGUUGUUUUUAGAGGUGAGAUUCCUCCCAACCAGGCUGAUAACUAACCAUUUUUGUUAACCUGCCUGGCAAGGUCCUUCCCUGAGAAUCACCAACCAGACCAAUCCAGAAUACACCUAGGGGCACCAUACCUAGGGAACUCUAUAUCCAGGGGUGCUUGUGAAACUGGCUGCCUCACAUGGGCAACUAAAUACUGAUCCACAGACUAGGUUAUCUUCAACUGGGACAGAAGUCAGUGAUAACUGGAUAUUGUCCUGGGAUAGACCAGAACAUAGACCUUCCCUAUCACUUUUUUUGGGAGGUGAGGCCCACUGCAACUGGGGAGAACGCCUACCAUGUGGAUGUGACUGGUAUUAGAUUCCUUGCUUUAUGGUGUAAUCAUCCAAAGGCAAAUGUUCCUGCAGAAAGGUUUGUCUCAGCUUCAGACACAGGAAGAAAACAAGGAAGAUCUCCACCAACUAAUUCUUCUUGAGCUCUUUGUUUGACAGUAGUGUGAUGUUCUUUGAGACCAUCAGGGAUAGGUGUGUUGACCGUCCCCGCCCACACCUCGCUACAGCGCUGGGGAUUGAAAUCAGGGUCUCCCAACUGAUACGUGGUAAGACAGAAAGCUCCUGCCAGGCCACCCUAAAUUCAAGGCCCAUUAGCCAGCUUUUCAUUUGCUUAAAAAAUGAUAUGAGGCAGAUGUUUCUCCAGGUUGUGGAUCAGCCAGGCUGCUUUGUCUUAUCUUUGGCCAUGUGACCAUUCCACUGCUCCUUAACGCCUCCACCAGGGGGAGGGCUGGGACAAGGAGAAAAAGAAAGCAUCAGAGAAGAGCAUAGUGUCUCAGGGUCCAAAGCAGGGUUAAAUGCCACCUAGAAGUAUCCAGAGUCUGAAUCUCCUCUACAAUGUUUACCUUCUCCCAAAACAGGGAACUGACAGUCUGGUAGUGAAGACAAACAAGUAAAGAAGUAACUACAAUAUAGUGUGGCAAGAGUUAUAAUACUAGUAUGUGGAAAUGCUAUGGGAACAUGAGGAAAAGUAAGCUGAGAAAGUAGCAGAGGAAAUUUCACAUGCAAAGUCACAAUCACGAAAGACCAUGGUGUGUUUGGGUAACUGUGAGCAGUUCAUGUAGCUGGAGCGUACAGGGCUCAGAGCAACGGCAGGGAGCAGCAGUGGAUUGGGCUAGAAAUGUAUACAGGUACUGAAA